CUGCACUUGUCCGGUACCAACAUCAUGUUACGCAAGCAUGAAGGUGGAAAGCUCACAAACCGAUUGAGGGUAUUUCUGAAAGUAUUGGCUCGAUAUGUUGCUUACCCCUUACGACUCACUCAUCGUCUGUUUCAUACCCUUUUGCAACUAUAUUCUCGUAGGCGCCAGUUCACACCCACUCAAAGAGACGAGCACCUAGAGCGAGUUGCUGGUUCAAUCCAGCCCCACAUCCUUCCUCUGAGCAACCCUACUCAACUACAGGUGCCACCGCCAUCAGGGACCGCGACCAAUUCAUUCGUCUCGCUAUUGUCAGUCCACACUCCUGUGACAUUAGCUAAUCAUGGCCAGCAACCAGCUCCAGUCCACUGCCAUCCAGUGUUCAGGGCAACCACGCCCUCCCAGGUGAUGCGAUACAAUAAAAACCCUCAAAUCAAGCGUGAAGUCAGACUUGUGAACAUUCCUGCUGGAAAGAGAGACUAUUCAGAUGCAGAAGACAGUGGUGACUGGUGUGCCCGUGUACACCCCGAAGGAGCGCUAUACUUUCAUGACCCCGUUCGCGGUAUUUACACUGACUCAAACAUGCGGGACGAACCACGCCGAUCUAGCAUGACCUCGUGUAUCGAUGAGUUGCUCGCUCUGAUGACUUCACGUUGUGGAUUGGAGCUGCGCAGUGGUGACAUCGAGCUCGUUGUGGAGUUGACAAGGGGUCGGGAUCAUCAUACUAGGGUGUGCAGGUACUAUUUCGUCGAUCAUCCCAACCGUCUGCUUUUCUGGCUUGAUGAAAUGCCCACCAGAAGGAUCUUUGACGGAGUUCUGGGCGUCGAGAAGUGGAGCCACAUCAAGUAUGCUAUCCAACAUCAGUACUGGCAACACUGCGAGAUGUACCCCAGUGACAAGCUGCUAGGCCCUCAGUUGCUCAAGGAACUCAAGGAAGUCGUCGUGCAUGCUAGCGCUGAGAUUAUUACAACAGACUUAUCGCUGUCGCCCUUCGACGCCGAUGAAUUAUCGAAAAUCCUGGAUUUGAUCGAUCGGCUUGGAGACGACGUCCAGGGCGCCCAUUAUACAUGUGUAAUAGUGAGGUUUAUGCGUUAUUUCUCGCGAGCUCAAUUUUUCAAUUUUUGCGGACUCCCUGAAGCCCGUUUAAACGCGGACCAGCCUCUUUUCGUCAAGGAGAAGAAGUCAAAGUUUUUAGUGGCUUUUUCAUGGGCCGUUAACGUUGCACUGUUCGAUGCUCCGCGGUCACACAUGGAAGAACUCCGACGAGUGUGGGUCGACCGGAGCAUCAACUCUCCGCGCUGGAAGAACUUUAACAGCAAGCUGAGUAGUGAGUGGUCGGGCAUCACGAUGUAUUCAACUGUAAUGGUAGCAGUGGACGUCAGUUUCCUAGCUGUACCUUCCGUCAAUCUCCAGAAUGCGGGUUCGGUCACGAUCAUCAGCACGUACAUUUCCUUAUUUUGCAUCGUCGGAUCGUUGGUCGUAUCCUUGUUUCUCACUAGACAGAAUCGGAUGUAUGGGCAGGAAUCUGCCGAUGCAGCGGUUAUAUUCCUCACGCGGGUAACAGGAUCCAUAUUUGGCACUAAGUCUCUCGCGACUGUGCAUGGUCUUCCAUAUGCUAUGCUGCUGUGGGGCAUGGUGUAUUUCAUAAUUGCGUUCUCUUACCAGGUCUUCACGUCCACGCCCAUCAUCACUCUCGCGACCACUGGGAGUGCAUGUGGCAUUGUGGCGCUUUUCACCCUGUGGCUCGUAAGCGCAGCGAGGGAAUUCCAUAUUUUGCCGUGGUUGCAGGCGCAUCUCAAAGACAAAUAUCAGACACUUAAUCGGGCACGAUGUGGGCUACGGCCUUGAUAGUGACUCAGUCGAGUUACAUUCCGAUCAAUUAUUUGGUGUACUAUUAAUAUGCGGCAGCUUCUAUAUCAGACAUCCCAACAGCGCACUACAGCAGUACUGCCAGUACAGCUACUAUGUUGUCGGACUUCGUAAUUGCACGUACAUUUGCACAAUGACAGACGUAUCAAUGAUCCUGCCUGUGUCAAUUCGACACUGUUGCUUGCAUCUACGAUAAUCCCGCGAGGGAGCUUGGAUAAGCGUAUGUGCAUUGGUGCAAACGAUGCGUGUCUCGUUCAAUCCCAGAUACAUUUGACAAUUAUCGGAGAUGUAUUGUGCCUGUAAUGACAUUCCGAAGAGUGCGUACAAUCAUUAGCCAAAACUGGAGCGGAGGUGGAAAGAAUCGAUCAUCAAAUAAAU